UGAACUGAUGUCUUUGCUGCUGAUCUUUGAUGAUCCAGUGCAACCGUACUAAUAAGCAAAAAUGACUUUAUUGUGCUUCAUUGUUUUGUUUUAUUGCUGAAGAGUGUUAAACCUUCCUCUCCUUCUCUACAUUACAGACGUGAAUUUAUUUUUCCUUCAGCCUGAGGUUUAUUCAUUACACUUUUUGGUGUUAACAAACACUGGUGACGAAUGCAGGACUUCUCUAGUCAUUUAGUCAAAAGGAAGGACACGUCCUCGUAAGGCUGCCACAUCAUAAAGCUUUGUGAAGUGGUUGAUGAGUGGUGGAUUGGUGGAGGAGGUGUUCGCUCUCACCUCGUUCUGAUGCUAUGGAGGCCAAGCAGGAGUCAACACAUGUGUGGAGUACAGCAGCCAACAAUGACACUGGAAAUACUCCUCAGGUGCAUUUUGAGAGCGGUGCGGUGGCUCAGAUCGUGUACAGCGGAGAGCAGUCUGACCGCGCUCAGCAGCAGGUUGUGUACGCUGCAGACGGGAGCUCCUACACCUCGGUCGAGUCGGCCGAACACACACUGGUGUACAUACACCCAGCCGAUGGAUCGCAGGCGGUGUUUACAGAUCAGCCCCAAGUGGCCUAUAUUCAGCAAGAUGGCACAACACAACAGGUGACUGUGUUGCUUCCCAGCGGUCAGAACAUGAACACUGCAAAUCUGCACGUACUGAGUAAUGUAGCUGAUGGCCCACAGGCGAUCCUGGAGCCUGUGACACAGAGCCAACUUGCUGUGACUAAUGCAGCUCUUCCGAACAUGCCGGAGGCCUCGUCGAGUCCCCUGGGGGCCACCGAUUCCACUGUGGAUUCAGAAGAUGAGGAAGACAACGAUAGCGACGAUUCUGACAUGGAUGACUGGGAACCUAGGACGCCCCAGCCGUUCACCCCUCAGAACCUCUGGUGUGAAGACUGUAACAAUGCUAAUCUUGGAGCAUGUAUGAAACACGGUCCUCUGCACCCCAUCCUCAGCCGCCCUGUGAUGUCCAAGGCUCGGGCCAGUCUUCCUCUCGUCCUGUAUAUCGACCGCUUCCUGGGCGGAGUCUUUACCAAGAGGCGUAUCCCCAAACGCACACAGUUCGGUCCUAUAGAGGGGCCACUGGUGCCACAGAGCCAACUGCAGGACACGCACAUCCACCUCAAAUUAUACAUGCUAGACCCUGAAAAAGAAGGCGAGAGGGCAGAGGACCUCUGGUUUGACCUGACCGAUGAAGAGCGAUGUAACUGGAUGAUGUUUGUCCGGCCGGCUCAGAAUCACCUGGAGCAGAACCUGGUGGCUUAUCAGUACGGCUCGGACAUUUUUUACACCACCAUUAAGAACAUACAGCCCAAACAGGAGCUUAAGGUGUGGUACGCUGCAUCAUAUGCCGAGUUUGUCCACCAGAAAGUUCAUGAUGUCACAGAUGAAGAGAGAAAAGUUUUACGUGAGCAGGAGAAGAACUGGCCGUGCUAUGAGUGUAACAAACGGUUCAUGAGCUCAGAGCAGCUUCAGCAGCACUUAAACAUGCACGACGACAAGCUGAACCUCAUCCAAAGGCCAAAAGGCCGCGGCCGAGGAAGGGGCAGGAAACGAUUCGGUGCUGCAAGGCGACCAGGACGACGUACGAAAUUCAUCUGCCCACAGACUCCUGUUGAGAGUGCUGACAAAACACAGGAGCUUUUAGCAUCUGUAGAUAAACUACCAUUUGAGGAGCGAACGGACGGAGCUCUUAAUGGGCUGAAGGGGGUGGAAAUGGCAGCUGAAUCGAUGGAGACCGAGACGGAAGAAGGGCUUGAUACCCCAGAAACCCACAUCGAGGCAAUGCAAGAGGAGGGGGAUUCUGUCACCCCACCUCCAACCACAGAAGUCCCAGAGUCUGCCAAAGAGGACCUGUCUCAGACAAGUCCCGAAGACCCCCACCUCACACCGCAGGACAUGAGGAGGGCGAGGAGGAUUAGGAAUGCCGCUCUCCAGCAUCUAUUCAUCCGUAAGUCCUUUCGACCCUUUAAAUGUUCUCAUUGUGGGAAAGCCUUUCGAGAUAAAGACAAGCUGGAGCAGCACAUGCGAUACCACGGGCGGGACGGCUGCCGUCACAUGUGCCAUCAGUGCGGUAAGGGCUUCCUGUCGAGCUCUGCGCUUGAGGAUCACCUGCAGCUGCACUCUGACCAGCGCACCUACUCCUGCCUCUUCUGCGCCGAGUCCUAUGACAGACUGGACCUGCUCAAAGUGCAUGUGGAGGUUCACCUGGUCAACGGCUGCUUUUCCUGUCCUUCCUGCAAGAAAACCUUCACUGACUUCAUACAGGUUAAGAAACAUGUGAGAAGUUUCCACUCAGAGAAGAUCUUCCAGUGUACAGAGUGUGAUAAAGCCUUCUGCAGGCCUGAUAAACUACGCCUCCACAUGCUUCGCCACUCUGACCGCAAGGACUUCCUGUGCUCCACAUGUGGAAAACAGUUUAAGAGGAAGGAUAAACUACGGGAGCACAUGCAGAGGAUGCACAACCCUGAACGUGAGGCCAAAAAGGCGGACCGCAUCCACCGCACCAAAGCUUUGAAACAGAAGGAGCCCACCACCGACUUUGAGAGCUUCAUGUUUAAAUGCAGACUCUGUAUGAUGGGCUUCAGAAGACGAGGAAUGCUGGUGAAUCACCUGUCUAAACGACAUCCUGAGAUGCGAUUGGAGGAGGUUCCUGAGCUGACGCUGCCCAUCAUUAAACCCAACAGAGAUUACUUUUGCCAGUACUGUGAUAAGGUGUAUAAAAGUGCCAGUAAGAGGAAGGCCCACAUUUUGAAGAACCACCCCGGGGCAGAACUGCCCCCCAGCAUUCGAAAGCUGCGUCCGGCCGGGCCGGGAGAGCCUGACCCCAUGCUGAGCACACACACACAGCUGACCGGCACCAUCGCUACUGCACCUGUCUGCUGCCCACACUGUGCCAAACAGUACAGCAGCAAGACAAAGAUGGUCCAGCACAUCCGUAAGAAGCAUCCGGAGUAUCAGUACAACAGCAGCAGCAGCAUCCCGGCACCUCUGGCUGCUACCGUCAUCAGCAGCGCUCCUGCCGUCAUCACAACAGACGGCAGUACUGCAGAGACUGUGGUGACGACCGAUCUGUUGACCCAGGCCAUGACGGAGCUGUCCCAGACCCUGACCACAGACUACCGCACAGCACAAGGGGAUUUCCAGAGGAUCCAGUACAUCCCAGUGUCCCAGGCAGGAGGAGGCCUGUCCCAGCCACAGCACAUACAGCUGCAGGUGGUGCAGGUGGCCCCGGCGUCCUCUCCUCACUCUCAGCACUCUACAGUCGAUGUGAGCCAGUUACACGACCCUCACAGUUACAGUCAGCACUCUAUUCAGGUUCAGCACAUCCAGGUGGCUGAGCCCACGGGGACGGUGCAGGCCAAUGCACAGGUUUCAGCUCAGCCUCUAAGUCCCUCCUCUCAGCAAGCAGCUCAGGAGCUUAGCACCGCCCAGCUGACCCCUGUGACCCUCGCUCAGGGCCAGACUCUACAGACGUCCACCAAUCAGACGCAAGGUGCUGCUCAGCAUGCGUACCUACCCAGCAACUGGAACUACAGGAGUUAUCCCUCUGAGAUCCAGAUGAUGGCUCUUCCUCAUACUCAGUAUGUGAUAGCAGAGGCCAGCACUCCCGUCACUGCGUCCGUCAACAGUAGUCAGGUCAAGACGACACAUUAUGUGAUCUCGGAAGGACAGACGGAGCUGGAUGGUAAGCAGCUGAGUGUCCCGUCAUCCGCUGGGCAGGUUCACUCCGACCCACUGGAGCAGCCGGCCGUCAGUCAGCAGACCACCACACAGUACAUCAUCACCACCACCACCAACGGGACAGGGGCCAGUGAAGUUCACAUCACCAAACCCUGACCCUCAAUCACACAUGAAGAAACUGAUUUGUCGUCUUCAGCUGCAGAGUUACUUUAAAUGAACAGAUUUCUGAUUUAUUUUCUUGAAGAGUUAAAAAGAUGAACUCAAAUAGUGAAGAUGUUUUUGUAUGAAAAAUAAUAAAAACACUGGAGUUGGUAA